AUGUCAAGGGACCUUCCGCGGACGAAGGACAUCGUGAAUGGGGCCUUUGGGUUGGUGAAGGGUUACAGUAAGUUGGCGAGCGAACUCCCAUUGGAUGACUAUGACUACCACAUGGCCUUUCCUGGGUUUAGACAACAAGUCAGGCGACACAGCGAGUCACUUGUGGAGUUCAUGGAUAAAUGUUGCCAGCUGCUCCCCGAAAAACGACGAACAAAGUUCGAGGAAGGCGCAGACACUUUGACGGAUCAGCGGCGCGCGGCGGUGAUGGAGGCGGUGGAUUCGCUUCUGGAGAAUGUUGAUGGGCUGCUGGAUGAUUUGAAAGGAAGGCGGUUAAAUGCAAAAGAGCAGCUGUCUGUAACGUUUGGUUCCGAACUUCAAGGCUCCUCCUUUGCCGUGGGUGGGGGCGACUGCGUAGUUCGUCCGCAGCUGACGUUUGAUCAGCCUGUGGACAACAGUCCCACGCCGUUCUCUCCUGUCUACUAUGACGAAAAGGGUGAACGGCACGUGGCACAGCCUGGCGUGCACCCAUUUGCGGAACUCAUUAAAAAGACUUCUAUCCCUGAGGAGCAGUUGAUUCGUCGCGCGGAAACGCCGUAUCUUCCGUUAGCUGCAUGUCCACUUCGAUUUGUGGAUUCCACGGCGGAGCUUGAGGAUGUCGUGCGUGCACUGCUGAAGGAGAAGGAAAUUGCAGUGGAUUUGGAGCAUCACGAUUUCUAUUCCUAUCAAGGCUUCACAUGCCUCAUGCAGAUCAGUACUCGGAGGGAAGACAUUGUGAUUGAUUGCCUUAAACUGCGCUCUUCGAUGCAUCUGUUGGCGCCUGUGUUUUUAAGUUCGCGUAUAUUAAAAGUCUUUCAUGGAGCACGCGAAGACGUCCGGUGGUUGCAGAAAGACUUUGGUCUGUACCUUGUAAAUUUUUUCGAUACAGGGAUAGCCCUGCAGACGCUGCACAUGCCACACAGCUUAGCCUUUGCCGUGGACCACUUCUGUCAAGUGAAAUUGAACAAGAAGUAUCAAACAUCAGAUUGGCGUAUUCGACCCAUUCCAGCAGAAAUGGUGGCAUACGCGCGGCAGGAUACUCAUUUCCUUUUAUACGUAUAUGAUCGGUUAAAGACACUUCUUCUUAAUAGCGAGGGCCGUGCCUCAAUAGGGAAUCUGCUUGUGCAUGUGCUGAACGAAAGCCGUCGAUUGUCGCUGGAGCUUUACGAGAAGCCACAACUAGACCCUGACACAACGUAUAAAAUUGCCCUAGGGAGAAGUUUGGGUGGGUUGUCUCCCACACAAAUGCAAGUGGCGCGAGACGUGUUUAAUUGGCGAGAUGCCGCCGCCAGGGAGGUUGAUGAUUCACCUCCAGCUGUUCUGCAACUUUCCGCUGUGUUGGCUAUUGCCACCAAACUCCCGGCCUCCGCAAACGACGUUCUUAAAUGCUGCACCCCGGUGAGUAUGGUGGUGCGCACCAACGUGAUGAAGCUAGUUCAGAUUGUGAAGGAUGCGGUGGGCAGCGAUGCCGUUGCAGAAAAGUCAGAGCCCGAGAUAAAGCCUGAGCCGCACUCAGUGCGUAACGUGGGGGCGCUGUCAUGUAUGAGUGGUGUUCAUCGUCCCAUGACGGGAACACUUCCGUCCAUAGAGCAGCGGCCGCGUCCAGUGUUUCUGAAGGAGGAGGCAGCGACGCUGCAGCUUACGUUACCGUCUGCGUGGUUUAACGCCAUGUGCAACCUCGCUGCCGUGCUUCGAAAUAGGCGUCUGCCAACUGUCGCAAUACCCGGCCACGAGGUGGUGGAGGCGUUAAUGCGGGGAAAGACGGCAGAGAAGCGUGCACGAGAGUCCACGGAGGCAACAGGGAAGUUCGAAGCGACAAGCGCUGUGUUAAACGGAGAGAUCGAGGGUGAGGGAGAGGUUGCGGUGCGGGGAGAAAAGGAGGAGGACACGGCAGUUGACAGUCGGGAUGUGUGUGGGGAGGAGGAAAAAGAGACGGAGGCAAACGACGUGGAUGGAGAUAAGGGCCAGUCGGAGAUGAAACUCGAGGAGAGGGCCGUCGCGCUUAGAAAGACGUACGGCACAGGGGGCGCGAAUCGCAAAAAGGCAAAGGUGGAGAAGCUCAAGCGGACCGGUGGGUCGUAA